AUGGCCUGCUUAAACCUGGUUAAGAAUGAACAACAACAAGGCCUCUACAAUCCAAGAAUCUCAUUCUCCAGUGAUUUUGCUGAUCCUCAACCAGUGAUGAAGCAAGAAAACAGCUAUAGAGAAGCCCCCGUCUCAUCCGAUUUUGAGUUUUCUAUCUCUAACAACACCAUGAUUUCUGCAGAUGAGCUUUUCUUCAAGGGCAACUUGUUGCCCUUGAAGGAAAACUGCACUAAAACCACCACCCUUAGAGAUGAACUCCUUGUUGACGAUGACGAUUAUAAGAAUGUAUCACCAAGAUUACCUAAAGGUACAAGCCUUUGGAAGGAGAGAUUAGGUCUAAAGAGAUCUCACAUUGUACCUAAGAAAGCUGAUAAAAAUGAUGGAGUUGUGGAAAGAACUGAUGAUCUAUUCCAUAAGCAGAUUUAUGCCAAUUUGAAAGGAUCCAACUGGUGA